CUUCAUCGAUUAAACGACCCAAAAUGGAUCAGAUUCAGGAUCCAUUGCUGUACGCAUCUCUCUCCUUUAUCUUCAUCCUCUUGGCUUACAAGCUCUUCUUCCAAACCAAGAAACGACACUACAAAAACCUACCACCAUCACCGCCCUCCUACCCCAUAAUCGGCCACCUCCAUCUCCUCAAACCACCACUCCACCGAGCUCUGCAUGGUCUCUCCUCCAAAUACGGCGACGUUUACUCCCUCUGGUUCGGAACCCGCCGCGUGGUCGUUGUGUCAUCCCCAGCUGCCGUAGAGGAAUGCUUCACCAAAAACGACAUCGUUUUGGCCAACCGCCCACCUCUCAUCAUGGGCAAGCACGUGAGCUACAACUACACCACCAUCGUCGCCUCCCCUUACGGCGACCACUGGCGGAACCUCCGCCGGAUUGGGGCCGUCGAGAUCUUCUCCUCCACCCGUCUCAACCUCUUCCUCGACAUCCGUAAAGACGAGAUCAGGCGACUCCUUCGCAAAAUCUCGCCAAGAGUGGAGCUGAAAUCGAUGUUGCCGGAUCUUACUUUCAACAUCAUAAUGAGAAUGAUGGCCGGAAAACGGUACUACGGCGAUGACGUCACGGAUGAGGAGGAGGCUCGGCAGUUUAGGGAGAUUAUGACAGAGGUUUUCGAGAAGGGCGGAGCUGGGAAUCCGGCUGAUUUUUUGCCGAUAUUGAAUUGGAUUCCGAAUGGUUAUGAGAAGAAGGUGGAGAGGCUUGCGAAGAGGGCAGACUCGUUCUUGCAGGGAUUGAUCGAAGAGAUUCGGAGUAGCAAAGAUGAGAAUCGGAACACCAUGAUCGACCACUUACUCUCUCUGCAGGAGUCUCAACCGGAAUAUUACACCGACCAAAUCAUCAAAGGCUUCGUACUGAUAUUACUAUUGGCCGGAACUGAUACAUCAGCUGUGACCCUAGAAUGGGCAAUGUCCAAUUUGCUCAACCAUCCUCACGUCUUGCAAAAAGUCAAAGAUGAGCUAGACACUCAAGUUGGUCAACAACGGUUAGUGGACGAAUCUGACCUCUCCAAACUGCCUUACCUUCAAAAUGUCAUUUCUGAAACCUUACGAUUGUAUCCAGCAGCCCCACUCCUUGUGCCUCACUAUUCCUCCAAUGAUUGCACCAUUGGUGAAUUUGAUGUGCCACGUGAUACAAUAAUAUUAGUGAAUGCAUGGGCCAUACACAGAGAUCCUAAGUUAUGGGAUGACGCAGAGAGUUUCAAGCCCGAGAGGUUUGAGAAUAAUGGUGAGAGUGAAGGGUAUAAGUUAAUGCCAUUUGGAAUUGGAAGACGGGCUUGUCCAGGUAUUGGAUUGGCCCAACGUGUAGUGGGUUUAACAUUGGGGUCAUUGAUCCAAUGCUUUGAGUGGGAGAGGGUUAGCAAGAAAAAAGUUGACAUGACAGAAGGUACAGGACUUACUAUGCCUAAAGUUGUGGGAUUGGAGGCCUUAUGUAAAGCACGUCCCAUCAUGAAUGUCCUCUCGAAACCCUUUGAUGGAAUUUAAAAUUUGUUAAAGACUAAUUUAAUACUUUGCCUAGGUAACAUACUUUUCUAAGACCAAUAUAUAUGCAUUUUUAAUAGAAUAAUUAAAUUUAUAAAUUUUUCAUAAGUAAUGUAAUAACUUAGUUUUUCUGCUCUUA